CAGCAUCAAGAGCUGAUGAGAACGAAAGUGAAACUCAGUGACUGAGCAAUUUCUCCUGAAUUACCUGUCCUGAUAUUCCCUGUUGGGAUCUUUCCUGCAGCACUUUGACCCUCAAAGCACAGUGCACACAUGGAUCAGGUUCACAGAGGACCCGGUGCAGCUCUCAGUCCAGGCCAGCAGAUCAUGGAUUUGUUUCAAGUUGCCAUUGCAUUCCUCGUUGGAAUCAUCAUUAGACCUGCUAUUGUAGCACUGGCAAAGGGUGAGACCAUCGACUUCUCUAUGAAUUUGAAGUAUUUGGGCCUCAGUUUCAGAAUCGGAGACUCUGACAAGACGUCCAAGAGGAAGCCAACUCCAGAUGAGGAACCCAAGAAGGAGGCAAUUUCAGAUGAGGAAUCUGGGGAUGAGAACACUCCUGGUGAUGAGCCCAAGAAGGAGACAGUUUUAUAUAAGGAAUCUGGGGAGGAGACAACUCCUGCUGAUGAGUCCAAGAAGGAGGCAAUUUCACAUGAGGAAUCUGGGGAUGAGAACGCUCCUGGUGAUGAGCCCCAGAAGGAGACAAAUUCAGAUGAGGAAUCUGGAGAUGAGACAAAUCCUGAUGACAAACCCAAGGAUGAGGCUAGUCCAGGUAAAGAGCAGGGGGAGGCUGGAGGAGCUGCUGCUGGCUCUGGGGUCCUGCUCUGCCGGGCAGAGAGGGCUCAGCACUGCUCAGGGGAGCUUUGCUGUCCAUGCUCCUGUCCUUUCUGCCCUCUGCUAUUUUCUUUCUCAGGGAGUAAAGGGAAAGCCAUUAGAGCUGCCAUUGGAGCCACAGUGGGAGCAGGAGUGGCACUGAUCGGCCUCCCGGUGGUUAUCAGCGCGGUGGGGUUCACAGGAGCCGGCAUCGCCGCUGGCUCCAUCGCUGCCAAGAUGAUGUCGGCAGCUGCCAUCGCCAACGGCGGCGGAGUCGCUGCCGGCAGCACCGUGGCUGUGCUGCAGUCCAUCGGAGCUGCAGGUUUCUCUCUUGGCACCAAAAUUGGGCUGACAUCUGUCUUGAGCUCAGCUGGUGCAGCAAGUGGUUCCUGGCUGUCCAAGAGCAAGAAACCUCCAAGCGACAAACCUCCAAAUAAAAAACCUCCAAGUAACAAACCUGGAAUGUUAAAAAUCCAAGCAACAAAUGCAUCUGUAAAAGUAACUCAGGUGACAAACAUAAGGAGCAGACAACUCCUGACAAUGAACCCAAGAGAAGCCAAGCAGGUGGAACACAAGGCGUUGCCUUACACAAUGGCAGGUGCUGGGAAACCCCCAAAAACCCUCAGGGCUUUGCCUCCCCUUUCAAAAGCUUUGGAUUCCCUUGAGCAGUGAGUGCUCUGAAGCCAAUAAAGACGCUUUGCC